GCGCGGACGUGACGUCGCCGAUAAGUACGUCUGUAACCGUCCACCUUCCGCCUACCAGCCCAGCAAAGGAGUCUAAAUCGCCCCUUGGAUUUCCUUAAACAAACCCCGCUCCUGGAUGUCACCGCGGGCUGAGAAGAGUCCGCUCCGAGAGUUGUUUUUGUCCAUUCUCAGACUGUCCUGUAACCAGCUUUCCAAAUGAGUGACGGCGAGUGUGACUUCUUCUGCUUCUUCCGCUGUUGCUGAGCGCGCUCACUACGCGCUUCAGACAGACAGGAAGCCUGGGUGUCUCUGAGCAGUGACACGAGGAGGCGGGGAGAAUAACGGAGAGGUGGAGCUUCGAUCGAGCCAUUUCAGCCAAUUGGACCGCUGGGAUCCGACAGGUAGGCAGGUCGUCUACCUGUCCGGGUGAUUGAUUUAACUGACUGGAUGUCUGUGGACAUGAACAGCCAGGCGUCGGACAGCAACGAGGAAGACUUCGGGGUGAACUCUGAAGAAGAGGAAGAUGACGACGAUGGAGGAGAAGAGGAGGAUCAGGGUGACAUCGCGGCCUACUACGAAGGAGUGGCCAGUGACGUGGAGCAACAGGGCGCCGACUCCUUUGAUCCAGAGGAGUACCAGUUCACCUGUCUGACCUACAAAGAGAGUCAGCGGGUGUUAACGGAGGAGGUUAACACUGUGGCUGCUGCGCUGAAGGUUUUACCAGCAGUAGCAAAACUGAUCCUGGUGCAUUUUCACUGGCAGGUCUCACAAAUACUGGACAGAUAUAAGUCCAACUCGUCUCUGCUUUUGUCGGAUGCUCUGGUCCAGCCCAGCAGCACCUGCAGAUCAGUCACUGCCCCUCAGUCUCUCCAAUGUGGUGUAUGUCUACAAGUUGUACGGAGAGACUCCCUGCUGGCGCUGCCCUGUCAGCACUCCUUCUGCAAAGCAUGCUGGGAGCAGCACUGCACCGUACUGGUCAAAGACGGCAUGGGAGUGGGUAUCUCGUGUAUGGCUCAGGACUGUUCCCUGCAGAUGCCAGAAGACUUUGUCCUGCCGCUGCUGCCAGGAGAGGAGCUGAAGGACAAAUACAGACGCUACCUCUUCAGAGACUAUGUCGAGAGUCACUUCCAGUUGCAGUUGUGUCCAGGUGCCGACUGUCCCAUCGUCAUCAAGGUGCAGGAGCCUCGGGCCCGCAGGGUGCAGUGUAGCCGCUGCAGUGAAGUCUUCUGUUUUAAAUGCCGCCAGAUGUACCACGCUCCCACAGACUGUGCAACAAUACGAAAAUGGCUGACCAAAUGUGCAGACGACUCAGAGACUGCGAAUUACAUCAGCGCACACACUAAAGAUUGUCCUAAGUGCAAUAUCUGCAUUGAGAAGAACGGAGGGUGCAAUCACAUGCAAUGCUCCAAAUGCAAACAUGACUUCUGCUGGAUGUGUCUUGGAGACUGGAAGACUCAUGGCAGUGAAUACUACGAGUGCAGCCGCUACAAAGAAAACCCAGAUAUAGUCAACCAGAGCCAGCAGGCUCAGGCCAGAGAGGCCCUUAAGAAAUACCUCUUCUACUUUGAGAGGUGGGAGAAUCACAACAAGUCUCUGCAGUUGGAGGCUCAGACGUACCAGAGGAUCCAGGAGAAGAUCCAGGAGAGAGUAAUGAACAAUCUGGGAACCUGGAUUGACUGGCAGUACCUGCAUAACGCUGCAAAGCUACUGGCUAAGUGUCGCUACACACUGCAGUACACCUACCCUUACGCCUAUUACAUGGAGUCCGGCCCUCGCAAGAAACUGUUUGAGUACCAGCAGGCCCAGCUGGAAGCAGAGAUUGAAAACCUGUCGUGGAAGGUGGAGCGAGCCGACAGCUACGAGAGAGGAGUGGUGGGAGGCGAGGGGGAGCUCAGCGCCAGCGACAGAGGGGAUUUGGAGAAUCAGAUGCACAUUGCUGAGCAGAGGCGACGCACGCUGCUGAAGGAUUUCCAUGACACCUGAAGCUCCAGCGCGACUGCAAAGCACCAGCAUCUCCCUCCUGACUUCCUUCCUUGCCUCCUACCUUUGCUUCCUUCCAUGACCAUCACUUUGGUGCAGUCAUACUGACCCCUCUCCAUUUUGCUUCUCCACACUCGCUCAUUUGCUUCCUUCUUUUUGUCUUUGCCUCCUCGCACUCCCAUAAUGCUGCAGGGUCACAGAAUGGCACGAUUGUAUCACCCCUUCCUUGUCCUCAUCCUCAAUCACGUUUUGGCUUCAGAGCAUCAUGUUCACAGCGGUUGCACUUGCUUCGACUUUUCACAUCUGAUCACGUGAGUCAGAUUUUGAGCACUCAGACAACUAAGAGAGCCUAAGAGUCUGAGCUUGUGUUAUUCCUCUUAAAAUGCAGUAAUCUCUAGAGAAAAGCACCAGAGGAGGAGUUUGUGAUAUUUAUCGGAGGAGAAAUAUGACACAGAAGUAACAUUUUUUUUCUUCUUUAAAAAGAGGAGCCGAUUGUCUGUUUUGGUGGUUUUAUGUAGACCAUGCUGACUUUGAAAGCAAUUCCAGGCAACGGAUUUGUUCACAAACAUGCAAAGAAGUUUAGUUUCCCCUCUUAGCUAAUAAAAAAGAUAAGGUGGUGUUCUGGUAGGUUGUGCGGAAGAAGCUGUUUGUUGAUAUCAUCUACUGGAGAGUGAUACUUCUGGAUAUUUAUCACUGCCACUGCUCUGGCUGUUUUUUAAUUUCCUUAUUAUCAGUCACGACUUCAUUAUGAACCAUUCUCAAUGACAGAGUAUGGAGACUGCUCGUUGUAAAAGCAAUUUAUUUAGUUUUUGUCGUUUUUUUACACACAUAUAUGUAUAUUCUGCCAUAGAAACGAACAUGAUGUGUUUGCUGUGACCUCAUAUUCCCAUAUACUCUUUAAAAUACUCAAAAAAUAAAGCAAAACAUAAUAUUUUCAUACAUACGAUGCAUGUACACAAGAUGCUAAACAACAUGGGUGUGUGUCUAGAGGGCGACGACUUCAGAUUUUGUUGCCAGCGCUUCACAAUAAAGUACACCUUCCUCCUUUGUUUGGUUUUGUGCCAAACCUGAAAGCGCUUCAGCCAGCAAAAAGUCACAAUGGUCCAAGUAAAACUACUGAAUCAGUCGCAUCUUUUUACGCUCUGAUGCUGUUGCCCGAUUGUGUUCGUCUCAUGCUAAAACACAGACUUGCACCUCUGCUGAUCAGAUGAUAAAAGUUGCUUUGAAUCGGCAAGCAUAAUCUCCGCCAUUCACACAGACACACACCACAACACCUCCCACCGACACUUACAUGGCACGCAUACGCCAACACACUCACGCUCAAACACUCCGCUGCAGAAAAUAAUCUCUUAAUUUCUCCCCCUCCUUCAUCUCGUGCUCUCUUCUCUUUACCUUCAUCUUUACCCUCACUUUAUUUUUUUUGGUCUUUUUCUUCCUGCUCACAUUGUUCACUUUUCUUCUGGAAAAUGGCUGUUGAUAGAUAGAUCGUUUAAAAAAAAAAAAAAAUUGGAAAAAAUUUUUAAAAAUACCAAAAAAAAAAAUGCUGUAAUUUUCAACGGUUGUACAUUAAUACAGAAAUAGAGUUACUGAGAGUUUUUAAAACCGGA